AUGCCAGUCAAGUCACUUUUAGAAGAGGAACUUAACGAGAAAUUGAGCUUUCUUGGAGGAUUGGCUGCUGCUUGCAGAGACCAAGUUCACACUGAUAUUGAAGUCAAGCCAGGCCACAAUGGACCUUCUCUAUUUGCACAUAGAGCAUUAUUGCCAGCAAGGUCAGAGAUCUUCAAAAACAUGCUGGACUCAGAGGGAUGCAAAGCUGCACCCAGUAAUACCAUAACACUCCCGGAAUUAAACCAUGAAGAGCUGGACUCUCUCCUCGAUUUCCUCUACAGUGGAGCCACGACUGCAGGGCAAGCUUAUGAAGCAAUUAUGGAGAUCAAGCUGCUCCAGUGGCAGCCAUGGUUGGAAUGA